AUGGGACGUGCCGGAGCCACGAGUGACGGCGGCGUCCUGAUGACCGCGCUUGUCCUGCUGCUGGCCGCUGUGGCUCUCUGGUGGGCCCUUGUCCACCGGCAACCACGGAGCCGGCAUGCACGGACAGCGAAGAGGAGCAAGCGCCCCGGGGUCCGGCCCAGAGGCUCACGGAGGAACCGAGGAGCCCCUGUGGCUCCCAGGUGCCCCAGGCCUCGGGCGACUCCUCGCAGGCGGCCGCGUGCUCCCGCGAGCCCCCCGGGCAGGCCCUGCAGCUGCGGCCCCUGCGUGGCAGUGGCCCAGGAGCUGCAGGAGCUGAUGCGGCGGCUCUGGGGUCGCAAUGGGACACGCGCGCCGCUCUACUCGGGGAUGUGGCAGGCCUUGUGGAAAGAGCUGGAGGAGCUGAGGCUCAGUGAGACCUGUCAGCCUGCAGAGGGUGCAGAGCCCGCGGACAGGUCUCCCAGCUCCCUUGGACUCACGGACUUCAACGACGCGGGCGCACCCCUGAGCCUUGAGGUGGCCGGGGAAAGCCCAGAAGUCCAAACGGGAGCCCAGCCCGAUCCAGGGGAGCCUCCUCGGGCGAAGCUGGCCGAGCAGCAAGCGUCCUGGAGCCAGCAGCGGCCAUCCCGCAGCUGCCAGGACGCUGUGCCGCUUGUGCCGGCUGGCGACAGCCCGAGCCUGGGGGUGGAGACGAGCCUGGAGACACCAAGGAGGUUCCUCCAUCUCCAGGAAGCUGUGCCAGGACAGCCCUCGAGGGCCACGAAGGGCUCUCUAAUAGCAGUGCCUCUGACGGCACGGCUUCAGAAGGCCCUGCUUGCUUUGCAGCUGCUCCUGGGACCCCCCCUGGGCGAAGCCUCGGGCUGCAGCCCCGGCCGUCGUCAAGAGCAGAGUCCAGCCCACGACGCCGGGGACAGCGACGGUGCCGGCCCGCCCCGCUGCACCGAGGCUCCUGCAGCCGCCUGUGCGCGCUGCCCUGGCCCGGUUCUGCCGCUCGCCGGCCCGUCGGCUGCGGGGCGGCGGCCGCUGGCGGGGUCGCGCAGCAGGAAGCAGGUGAGAGCAGCUUCGCUCGCGGACACCUGCGGGGGGGGGGUGGUGGGGGGGAACGUUCCCGGGCGCCAGGCUGAUGGCUCGCUCUCGACCGCAGGGCAAAAGAAGGAGCUGCAGGAGCUGUACCAGCUGGGCCCGCAGCUGGGCAGCGGCGGCUUCGGCACCGUUUUCUCGGGCAUCCGCCUCUCCGACGGGAGCCCGGUGGCCAUCAAACGCGUGGCCCGGGAGAGCGUCCUGCAGUGGGACGAGCUGCCCGACGGCACCCGCGUGCCCCUGGAGAUCGUGCUCAUGGAGAGGGUGGGCUCUGGUUGCCACAACAUCAUCCAGCUCCUCGACUGGUUCGAGCUGCCUGACAGCUUCGUGCUGGUGAUGGAGCGUCCGGAGGCAUCGCAGGAUCUCCUGCAGUUCCUGCUGGAGCGGGAGUUCCUGUGCGAGGAGAUGGCGCGCUGGCUGUUCGUCCAGGUGCUGGAGGCCGUGCGGCACUGCACCGCCUGCGGCGUCGUGCACCGGGACAUCAAGCCGGAGAACCUCCUCGUGGACCCGGACAGCGGCGACCUGAAGCUCAUCGACUUCGGUUGCGGCACCUUCCUCCAGGAGCGGGCCUACACGUGGCCGCCCUUUGGCACGGGGCAGAGGCCGUGCCCCGGGAGCCGGCUGCCGGCCCUGCCGACAGAAGAGGGCGGCAAAAGCCGACUCCCGGCCUCUCGGCUCGGAACGCACGCCUACAGCCCGCCCGAGUGGAUCUGCCUCGGCCGCUACCACGGCCGUGCGGCGACCAUCUGGUCCCUGGGCGUGCUGCUCUACGUCAUGGUCUGCGGGAACCUCCCCUUCCAGGACGAGCGUGCCAUCGUGCUGGGGCAGCUCUUCUUCUGGCAGCAGGUCUCUCCAGAGUGCCAGCAUCUGAUCCGCUGGUGCUUGGCCACGCGCCCCGCGGACAGGCCGGAGCUGGAGGAGAUCUUGCGCCACCCUUGGGUGCUGGGCCGGCGUUUUUGACGCCUUGCCGGAGCCUCUGCAGCACCCGCUUACAGCAUCCCA